AUGGCAACGUGCCAGGGGCUCGACUUGGGUGCAAGUCAGUCUGCUGCUUGUGAGGUUGACUAUAGAUACAGGAAGUUGAUGAAAUUCAUACACUUGGACCCUUUUGUGUUUAAAUCCCAUCAGUCAGAUACUCAGUGUAAUAAUCUGCUAGGAACAUUGCAAGUAUGUUUAACGUUAUUGCAGCAAAUCAAACAUGGCAUAAAUAAUUACUUCGAUAAGAAACGUCUCUACUUUCCCAGGUUCUUCUUCGUAUCAAACUCAGAAAUGUUGAACAUUCUAUCCCAAACUGAAGACCCAAGAAAAGUACAACCGUAUUUGAAUCGAUGCUUUGAAGCUAUAGCUAAGGUUGGAUACGACAAGAACAUGAACAUUAUUUGUAUGUUCAGCAAGGAGAAUGAAAAAAUUGAUUUUGUGAAUAAAAUAUGCACCGAAGAUGAACAAGGUUGUGUUGAAAAAUGGCUGGUAAAGAACUGGAUUGAGGUCGAAUUCAAGAUCAAGGUCAAAUUUAGGGUCGAAUUCAAGAUCAAGGUCAAGUUCAAAAUCAAGGUCGAGGUCAAUUUCAAGGUCAAGGUCGUUCAAGGUCAGGUCAAGGUCGAAUUUAAGAUCAAUGUCACUUUCAAGGUCAAAGAUAAGGUCAUUCAAGGUCAAGAGAUGUAA